AUGCUGGAUCCAGAAGAUAAUUUUGAUUCAUGGCUUGCAUUGGUAAGGGAUUUAAUAGACGACCCUGACCAGUUUGAGCCGUUUUAUCCAGGUUUUCUUCGAUUAUUUGACUGUAUAUCGAAGACUGGAUUUUUACCCGAGGAAAUUACGCAAGAACCAGACAUAUUCGUCAAAAAUCAAUUCUUACUAACAAAACUCCUCUAUAUCGAGAAGCCUUCUUCGCGGCAACAAAAACUUAUUCAAAAAUUUUUCACAUUACUACUUAAGCUCUCAUUAAUUGGCUUUGGAUACGGUGAACAGGCACUAAUGUCUCUAGCCACCACAAUUAUCACGAUUACAGAGUGGCCUCUCUACAAUUCAGGAAGGCGUCAUUUAUAUCAACAAUUAUGCAGUGCAUUUAUAGGAUUAGGUGCACCAAAUAUAUUAAUUGAAUACAUGUGCAACAGAUGCCAGAAUUUUAAGCUUUUUAACGAAUCUUUGGCAAUUUAUUCAACAAUCGCGAAAUUUGACGAUAAUUUUAAUUUUGAUAAUGUUGUUGUUCGUAUUACACAUUCUAUUCAAAAAAUUCUCGACUUAACAUGGAAUUCUAACGGAUAUAUGGAACUUCCGAAAGCUCUUGAGCAUUUCCGAGCAAUUCUUCCUGAAACAAAAGGAGACGCAGAUUAUUUAUUGGAUCAACUCACUCCAAUUCUCGAAAAAUUCAUUGUUCAAAAUUCAUUCGACCAACGCCGUAUCUUUUUAGUAGUUUUACAGCAAUUAAUCAACGAUAAAUAUCUUGCCGAACCUACGGCCUUCUUUGUCAAGGGCCAUCCCGACAUUUUGAAGAAUUUUCAAUUUCAUACUCAAUUUGGCGAAGCUCUUGGCGAUAUCUUAACAGGUGUCGCUAAAUACGGAUUACUCGAGAAAGAAAUCAUACGAAAAGUGUGGUCAUUGCACUCAUCUCGCUACGAUACAGAAGUUGAACCAUUUAUUAAGAUGUUUGUCAAGAUGGCUGAGACCGCAAAAGAUGACACAUUGUCCGAAGUUGUCGGCUGCAUCCUUUCCUCCGAUAAUUCUAACAAAGUUUGGUUCAAUACAGUUGAUAAAUUAAUUACAAAGGUUGGAGAACGUCCAAACCUUACAAAUGAGGUCACACAAAUUAAGAAUACAUUAUGGACCAUCGCGUUCGACUCCAAUCAUCCUUGCAGGAAGAAUGGACGCGAAUCUUUAUUAAAUAUCAUUGGAAACAAGCCAGAUAUGGCCACCUUCAAGGCCAUCAUGACCGAAGAACAAAGAACAGACAUAGAUUCGGAAACAAGAAUCUAUUGCUAUCAAUUAAUGCGAGAUAUCAUAGAAUUCAAGCUAAAAGUUCCUCCAGAGGUCUUCAAAGUCGUUGUUGGACGCUGUAUUGAAGCAAUCUUCAACUCACGGCCCAUUCCUGAUGAGUUUUUCGCAUUUUUGACAAAUACAUACAAAUCAUUGCGACUAAACUUCGAAACAGAGUUCCUACAACAGAUCAUUAGACUCAGGAAGACCUCAGACAAGAUCUAUCCGUUCAUAAACAGCCUCUGCGACAACGAUUUGAUAGAAACCGAAGUAAUGAACGAAUUAAUCGACGGAAUUCCACUUUCAGAGUUCGAUUAUGGCUUCUACUCGUUCAUUGACCACUUCAUGGGCCUUCUAAACUUCAAUCAGAACGAUGUCAUCACCAAAUUGCCACUUCAAAACGAAGAACUGCUCUGGAGAUUCAGUUUAGAGGAGUCACCAAUGCGGGAGAAGUUCGUAGACCUCCUCUGCAACAUGUACGAUUCAAAUGACGGAAAUGAAUUAACAGAUGAAAUGAUGAUUGCAGAGUUUAUCAAACAUUGGUCGGUCCUAGAAUGCGAGGACACAAAGAAACUCAAUCUUUUGAUUUCUUUCAUUUCCUGCAUCGAAGACAAAAUCGACACAGAAGUUCCUCCACGAUUUCCCGACAAGUUCAUCGUGAAACUCACAUGUACAUCAACAGAACCAGAGUUCACAGUCAAUCUUGAUGUAGGAAGUGAGUCAACAAUCGGUUGUGUUUGUGAAAAAGUGGCAAAACAAAGAGAUGUCAAAGUUUCGACCAUUUUGGCAUUUUCCAAAGGAAAUGAACUGAACAGAUCAACGAAACUAAAGGAUUUAGACAGUUUCGGAGACAACAUGUCAUUAGAAAUCAAAUACAGGACAUCCAAGAAAGGAAAAAGAAGCCACAAAAGAAAUUGUUGGCCAAGUUUGUAUUUGAAACAAACCGAAUAUCCCUCUCAAUUUUAUUUGAGAUUGAAAACAAACGGUGAAUCGAUUAUUUAUGACAUUUUGAGUAGAUUGCAGACUGUUGAGCCAAGCCAUGAGAUUCUCAAACCAAUGCUUGAAGGAAUUAACUGCCAAACAGGCGCUUUCGAUGAAAACAACACUUAUUUCUUUUUGUACAAUUUGACAACAUUUGUCAAUUAUUUCUUAGACGAAAAUACGAAACAGAAAGCUACAGAUUGCACAAGGAAAUUCUUUGUUGACAACUAUUUCUGUUUGAUUUUCGGAAAUAUAAGAAAGAACUUUUUGGAUAAGUCGAAUUUCAGAGAUAUCUUGUUUGAGUUAAUGAGGUUCUUCAGAUACUACCAGCCAAUAAACGAACAAGUCUUCAAGAACAUGUUCUUCGAAUUGUUGGAAUUAGGAAAUGAUAUUGAUGAAAAAGUGACACUAUCAAAAAUGGAAUCAAAAAUCAUGUUUAAUCAUAUCAACCAAACUAUUGAGUACCAGUUCCAAACGAAGAAGAGAAUACUGCAGUUGGAUAACGCUAGCAAACAUAUAUUUAACAUGUUGUUGUUACCUGAUCAAAGAAAAAGAAAUUUGGCAAAAAAUGCUUUCGAAGCAAUUUCUUUUCCUCUUGAUUUGUUCAAUGAAAAUUUGAUCAAUUACAUGUCUAUCAUCACUGAUGAGUUCAUCGCUUGUUUAAGUGACCAUUUGACAGACCAACCAAAUCCUGUCACUUCACUUCACUUGGCAGAAAUAUUCUUCCAAAUGAUUGAACAGAAUCAGAACAAUUUGAACAUGAUUUUGAAGACAAUCGACAAAAUGUUAAUGUUCAAUUUGUAUCCAGAAGAAUUGAAGCCAAAACUGACACAUUUUCUGAUAAACCGUUUCUUUACAUACGACAACGAUUUCAUCAGAAACGAGUCAUUCCACAGCGCAGUUAAUUGUCUGACGAAAUUAACUGACAUCAAAGAAAACGGUGUCAAUUUGUUGCAUCAAAGUUUGUUGUCACAUUUCGACGGUUUGAAACCGUUUUCCAGUUAUAGUUCGAGAAAUGAUGCCUGUUUGAUUUCCAGUGCUAACAGAGUUGGAUUAACAAAUCUCGGCGCAACAUGUUACAUGAAUUCUACUUUGCAACAGAUAUUUGCAAUUCCUGCUUUGAGACAAAUCAUCAUCAAUUACAAAGGAAGUGAUGAUGUAUUGAGGGAAUUGUCAUAUCUGUUUACGAGAUUGCAGUAUUCUACCUGUAAAACAGAGUCCGCUUUCGAACUCACCAAAUAUUACAAAUGGUGGGGUCAGCCCUUAAAUUUAAGGGAGCAACAAGAUGCCGUUGAAUUCAUUGACAGUUUAGUCACGAAUCACCUCAUGGAAGAUAAAGAGAUUGGAAAGAGCGUGAGGGAUAUCUGCCAGGGACAAAUGAGAUACCACGUUGAUGGCAUGGAUGUCGACUACCACGACACAACAUCAACACAGGAUUAUACUUGUUUGGAAGUCGAAAUAACCCCAGAAACAACAAAAUUGUCAGAUUGUAUUGAAAAACUGACACGACCAAAUUACUUCACCGACCAAACAUCUAAGUAUAACACAGAGACAAUUGGAGCGAUCAAUGCCAUAAGAAGGUGUUUCAUUGACAAAGCUCCUCCAAUAUUAAUUGUCCAUGUAAAAAGAUUCGAUUACGACCACAUAAAACAGCAAAGAAUCAAAAUCAACACCCAUUUGGAAGUUCCUCUUGAAUUGGACAUUUCCCCUGCAGCUGAGCAAGACAAACAGUACUCCAAGUACAAGUUAAACGGUGUUGUUGUCCACAGAGGAAUCAACGCGUUGGGCGGUCAUUACGUUUCUUAUGUCCAGAGAAAUGAGGAUGAAAUGUGGACUUUGUUUAACGAUGAAGAUGUCUCCGUUGUUUCUAAAGAUGUAAUGUUCAAUGAGACAAAUGGUUCUGAUACAUCCGUUGGAUACAUUCUUUUCUACGUCCUCCCAGAAAUGAUGGAAGAAAAAACUUUUGAACCUGAUGAAAAAGUCAAAAGUGAAGUCGAUUCAAAGAACGCGGAAAAUCGUCUGAAAACACUUUACUUCAAUGACAAUUACUAUGACAUGAUGAUGUGCUUGAGUAAAAUGACUUCCAAUGACUUUGAUGAUAUUUUAAUGUCAUUUUCCGUGAAAAUGCUUCCUUUCUCUCCUUUCUGCUCGAAAUGCAGUGAUUUCAUGACUUAUUUGCUUCCGAAAAUCACUCCAUCAUUUGUGGAUCUGUUGGAUGAAGACUACUUCAAGGUCUGUACAUUCGAAUGCCCUCAUGAUUCCUUUAGAAAAGGUUUCUGCAAUUUGUUGACGAAAUCUUUGACAGACGAAAAUGUCGACAAAGUUUUCAAUUUGAGUUUCAAAUUGGUUGACAUUUUAUUGUCCGAUUCAAACCACAUGGAUGAUACAUUCCAUGUUCUGCACUCUGUAUUGAUGUCUUCCCAAAAAUCUUAUGAUUCUUACAUCAAUCAAAUUCGAGACAGAGUUUCUCAAUUUUUGAUUGAAGACAUUUCAAAUUAUUUGGCCGCAAACAGUCAAAUGAAACGUCAGUACUUCUUCAGCGGAUUAAACAUGAGUUACGCUUUGAAGUUGUGUGCGACAUUCGAUGCUGUUCCAUCUGAUUUGAUGAAAGAAUCAUUUUUAGUUGACAUCGCGACAUCAACAGCUUCUCAACCUGAAGCAAUUGCGGAAUACGUCAAGAAGUUCUUCUCCGAGGACAUGUUCUUGAACUUCAUUCGCCAGCACGGAAGAAUCUUCAGGCCUCACAGGUUGUUCACUCUUUUGACAACUGCUUGUCCAGAGAAAUGCAUGCAAACAUUCAUGACUAUGCAGAUACAAGCGAUUAAAGCUGAUGACUUGGAAACAGACAGGUCAACGGCAAUUGCUAUCUGUGCAGCAACAGAACAAUGCACGAAAGAUGCAAUUAUAAAUCACAGGGAACAAUGGAUUGACAGAUUUUUGUUUUCUGACAAUGUAAAUGUCAGAACCAAUGCUGUUGCGAUUAUUUCGCAUAUCAUAGGUGAUGAAUCACUUAAGAUAUUGUCAUCCAUUUAUAUCAACCAGGAGAUGUAUAUCCAGCAACCUCCUUUCAAGCAGAAUGAUGACAAAGAACAAAUCCACAUUUUGUCAAAUCUCUUCUGCCAAACAUUAUUAGAUUUAGUUCCACAACUCCUCAAACAACUUCGAGUUGACGUCAAAACUAAGAAAGCGCAAAUGCUCGAGAACAAACCGAUCAGAGCAAAUGAGUUUGUUGAGUUACUCGUUGAGUUGUUACCUCUUACGAACACGAAAUUGCCUGUUGAAACAAUUUCAUGUUUGUUGAAUCCAAUCAACCAUUUGUCGAUACAAUGCACAGCGGCAGCCAACAUAAUACAGAUCUUCUUGAGAUGCAAGAUCAUUAUUUCGAAUGAAGAAAUCAUUGAAUGCGUAAAAGGUGCAAAACUUGGAGCUAAAAAGUCACGAUCUGUUUGUGAAUUCCUUGAAUACUUCAUUCCUUACACAUAUCUUUUACCAACAAUUCCAGAAGAAGUUGUUUCUUACUACUUACAACAAAUCUUGUUUGCAAAACCAAAGAACAUCCACAAGAUCUAUAAAAUGGUUGAUGAAUUGAUUGUCUACUUGUGCAAGAAAUCUCCAUGUAACUCACAAGUUUUGGCUUACAUCGACACGAAGUUGAAAGUCUCUUGCCAACAGAACCUUCCUAAUGUCUGCAUCGCACUGAGCUCUCUUGGAGAGAAGAGAGACAUUUACCAGUAUUUCAUUGACGCAGUCGACGAAAACGAUGUCACAAGAACAACAGAUGAAAUCAUCGAUCUUGUUCUGGCAGGACAUAUAAAGAACAUGCGACGACAGACAUUGCAAGAUGCUUUGACUCGUGAAAGAGAAGAUGACAAGUAA